AUGUUGUUGUGCCGCGAAGAGGUAAUAUGCAGCCGAACUCUCGGCCAAAUGCGUUUGAUGGCCAUUAAUAUGCUAGGGAAAAAAAAAGCAAAGUAAGCCGCUAGCACCUCGGUAGUUGUACUUAACCGGUAAUGCAAAAAUAUCAAACGGGCAGUUAGACUUAGAUGAGGGCGACAACAUCUACAUCAACAGCACGAAUACAAAAUAGAAUUAGAAGCCGGAGACGCCUCUUGCUCUUUCCCUUUUCGCAUAACCAGUGACAUUAGAGUGCUGUUGCUGUUGUCUCUAUGACAGUGGCAGGGUUCUUUUUUUUUUGGCCCCGCUCCAUAGCCGCGGCCGAUAGCGCGGACGAGCUGCUGAAGAUGCUGGCAUUAGAUUGCAGCCGGGAAGAAGUUGAGCAGCACUUGCGUUGCGAGGGGUAUUCCGACAUCGACGCCAGCUUGCUAUGUGACGGCAUCAUCGACAUAUUUGCGGCGCCUUCCUUCAAUGACUUGCUCCGACGAGGGGAAACAACGGACAGGCCUGGUACUUAUGUUUUUAUUUUUUCAUAUAGAAGUUUAGCCCCGGCGCCGGCCUAGUAAAGUCCAGUAGCUGUAGCGCUGAAAAAAUGUAGCGAAUACAACUGGAGCAACACGCAGCAAAGGAAACGAUGCCGCUUUGCCGUUGCUUUUGAGGGUGGGAACGCACGAACGGCGGCAGCACUGUGUUUCUUGGUCAUGUCGACGUGAGUGGAGAAGCCCUCUUUCGAAAACGCGCGCGCAGGUCCGCGCUCGGUUUUCAGAUCAUCAGCAUCAACAACAUCAUCAUUCGAUAAUUAGAAAAGAAGAGCAGUCGUGCUCGUGCAGGUCAUCCUCGCACUUUCGAUAAAAACCGAUUUAGAUCACAACUGUUGCAGCUCAAAUUCAACGACACGCACAGGUCUACGACCCGGGAGCCUAGAAGAGAUGAACCGGAGGAGAAGAGCAGGAGCAACGUGGUCAAAGCUGGCAGCGGCGUGCGCUGUAGUCGUAUCGGGGCUCACUGCCUCCAGUUGUUCCCUGGCAACCCUCUCUGGCAUAUCCGUACCAAUUACCAGCGCCGCCGUGGGCUCUAGCAUCGUCGUUGCGGCACUCGAGCAAACACAGCGGCGCGAUCAGGUGCACGUGACUGCGGCUGGUUCAUCGGCGCCGAUAGACGUAGAGGUUGAGCAGGGCCGCUACGCCCAGGACACGGAAGACACCGAUCAGCCGCAAAACGCGCGGACACCCUCACCCUACGAAGUAGCUUAUGACGAGUUACUUCUGAAUGUUCCGCAUCAGUUAUCAGCAUCAUUUGUGCAAAAGAGGAAGAAAGAAUUCGAGAUGUUCGACGCGGCGAAGAUGAGCAGCGACUACGCGAACGUCGGCUCAUUGCCGGUCUUGACUGGCAACCUGGAAGAAGACUACGUGCUGUACCUGCAGCACAAACAAGCUGCAAAGACCCUUGGCGAACGUAUCAAAACUGGUUUGAACAUGACGGCGGUGCAGUGGACCAACGUCGAGACGAACGCACUGUUGCUCCCGCUGAACGUUCUGCCUUCGCACUACGCGGCUCAGUUGUUGAACAGGUUUGUUAUCCUCGACAGGGACGCGUCAAAUCUUUUGGAGGAGGACGAGGUUGCAAAUAAAACACUCGCUUUGCUGUGUCCUUCGUUCGAAACGCCGGCUGCUGGCGAGUACAUCGGGGGCGUCGUUGGAGAUGGAACUAGUCAAGGAGUUCCAGCGCAAUCGCUUUCCGAAGCCGGCAAUAAUUCAACUUCCCAUCUGCACCUGGCGCUGUCUUUUACGGACUACGGCUGCUUUUGCACGAAUGUGCUUUCCUGUGGUGCUACCGGCAGUCCAGCCGCCGGUCCCCUACGGAAACGUGUGGUGCACCCGGCGCCCCAUAUUGUCGCCGCAACGCAUGCAACUGGCGCUGGUGCUGUCGCGUCUUUUACUCAAGUGAAGCAACGCUCCGCGUUGGUGAUGCUGGCUGCAUUGCCAAAUCUGUUGUCUGCGACUAAGAUCGCAACGGGGCUCUUCAAGCUCUAG